AUGCUGCUGCACUUUUGGUGCCAUGAUCAGGAUCAGGAGCAGGAUCAGGAUCAAAAGCAGGAUCAGGAUCAGGAGCAGGAUCAGGAUCAAAAGCAGGAUCAGGAUCAAAAGCAGGAUCAGGAUCAGAAGCAGGAUCAGGAUCAGGAUCAGAAGCAGGAUCAGGAUCAGGAUCAGAAGCAGGAUCAGGAUCAGGAUCAGAAGCAGGAUCAGGAUCAAAAGCAGGAUCAGGAUCAGAAGCAGGAUCAGGAUCAGGAUCAGAAGCAGGAUCAGGAUCAGGAUCAGAAGCAGGAUCAGGAUCAGGAUCAGAAGCAGGAUCAGGAUCAGGAUCAGGAUCAGGAUCAGAACGAACCCCCUCAAGUCGCUGAUGACACUGCGGCAAAUCUCCUCUCGCAAGCUGGUGAUCGUUCAGAGGACUGGGACGACUGGGACGAACUCUCGCUUCUUCAAUGGUGUGCCGAGAUCAACAGGCGCAAGGUUGAAGCCAUCAAAGAAGACCAGGCCUUUGCUCCCGAACCCGAAGCCUUGGAGCUUGGACAGCCCACGGAUACCCAGCGUGUGGCUCUGCCUGCCCGUCUGACCGCUACCCUCACCAUGCCUCAGCGACAUGCUGUUCAAUUUCUAUGGCGAACCGUUAUUGGUCACCCUGACCAAGUGGUUUUGAUUUUGGCUCCAUCCUACGCUGUACACCACUGGUGUCGCGAGAUUGCCAAGUGGCUGCCCACAUCACUCUGCCCCCCGGUAUGGCUGCUGGGCGCAACGCCAGGCGAUCCCACGUCCGUGCUCGCCUCAUGGAGAUCAAGCGGCGGCAUCUUGAUCGCCACCUAUGAGAUGGCAGUUCAUCUCAAUGGACGAAAGCGAAACAGCCGCAUCCUUGAUGACCCUGAUCUGGUCGUGUGUGAUGAAGAUCUUACCAUCGCUGAUGUCCCUAGGUAUGCUCGAUUUCACGGCGACUUGUCCAGUGGAGCUCAAAGCUCACCCAGGGAGGCGCUGCUGGAGCCGGCACACAAACUGCAUCAGCUUUUGGCCACUACUGCCCACUGGUGCAGCCACACUGCUGCAAAGCAUGUGCUUUCGCCCAAGCACGAGUGCCUUGUUUUUUGCCGCCUUGUGCCCAUGCAGGUGGAUUUGAUGCAAGGCUUCUUACAGAGCCCAUUUGCAGGCUUUCCCGCCGCAUUAAAUCUAAUGUCGCAUACUAAAGUCAUGGUUGCCCUCAGCCUCAUUGAACAAGCGCACAGCACAGGAGAGAAGGUGGUGCUGUUGACUCAGAGCGCAAAAACACUGGAUGCGUUGGAGCCGAUGCUAGCCGCGGGUACCAAAGCCGGACGCCACUGGGUCAUGCCAGACGACUACACUCGCCUUGAUGGCACAGAGUCAGCAUCAGAACGGCAUCAGCGGAUUGAAGCCUUCAGCACGAGUCCGCGCAUGGGCCUCCUCAUAGCGUGCACCAAGAUUGGUCGCCUGAACAUCGACCUCACCACCGCCUCUCGCGUCAUCAUCUUUGACGCUGCUUGGGAUGCACUCUCCGACACCAGCGCUAUUGCCCGCAUUUACAGAUAUGGGCAAACCCGACCGGUCUUCAUCUACCGUCUCGUAGCUGCAGGCACCCUCGAUGUGCUACUUCAUCGACCACAAAGCAACAAAGCCCGUUUGACGAACUAUGUAAAAAAAGACUCCCUCGAGACAAACUAUGAUUGGUUCAAGGUGCGCGCUACUUUGCCUCUGCUUGCGUGGGCAAGACCUUGCGAGAUGGAUGACUCACCUACCCCGGAAUUGUCGUGCUGCGAUACACACCCGCCGCUUUCCGUGUCCCGCCCUGGUGCUCGGGUGAGAGCGCAGAAAAUGUCGCUUGAGUCCUUCGCUGAGCCCAAUCUGCCCGUGAUUCCCAUCAGCGAUGCGCUGGCCUCGGCUCCAGCCCAAGCCGAUCCUAUUCUCCAAACAGUGCUGCGGGAUCUUUCCGAAUACAUGGCCGACGUGCCGAAAAGUUUUGAUUCGCUCGAUGCCCCAGAUCUGGUAGCUGUGCUUGAACAGAUGGAGAAGGCAAGUGCUACGGAGCGCUCCAAGCUGGACAACAUGGCUCAAGAUCCUGGAUUUCUAUUCGUGCAACAGCAACUGCAACAGCAGCAACUGGCUCAAGUUCAAGCCUGGCAAUCGCAGCUUCAGGCGAUGGCUAUGAUUCAGCACCUACAUCAAAGCAUGAUGGCUGCCAGUUCUGGGUUCUCCUUGCUCACACCCAUGCCUGCCAGCGAAGCUCACCAAGCAUGUGGCACGACAUCACCGAAAAACGGCAGUGUCAAUGCACACGAAAGCCAAGGAAAAGAUUUUGGACAGACCCUCACUCGCUCCUCGGCGCAUGCUGGGCCUCCCCCUUCAAAGCGCAGCCGCAAUGAGCCAAACAAUACAGACGACCCGGCGCCCGGCUUGCCUCCUCGAUCUUCUGCAAGUCCAAGCAACCCGAAACGAAACCUACCGCAAGCUUGCCUGGAGCAAUCCUUGACUGUGCCUCUGGGCCGUGCACAGGUGGACAUAUUUCCACCGUCUGAUUUGGCCUUGGCAACACAUUUUGCCCACGCUCAACCGACUGACUUCUUCCAACCCCACCCCAUGGUGGCCACCUCUGCGUCCGCAGUCAUGUCUGUACAUCUGUCGAAUCACUUCCAGAAGCAGGCCAUUGCCUGGAGCAAGGAGUUGGGUAUAUCGAGUCAACUGCAACAAGAAGCGGUAGGAAACGUGCGAGCGGCUAUGGGCGCCCAUCCUGAUGCGAUGUUAUCUGAGGCUUUGGCUCGUGCCGGCAAUUCGUCCACCCUUAAACUUCGUCUGCAACUUUUGCGGCGUGGGCUGGAUCGCGUCAACAAGCUGCGACAUCUUCUGGCGAAAGCGCAGAAACAGGAUUCUCCGGCCAUUCCUGUGCCGGACCUGAAUGCGCUGCUGAACGCCCCCUUUUGA